AUGACGGCUUCCGACCCCAUCGCUGGUCCUUCUCGGCCCUACUUCCCCCGCCCGUUCCGCCUAGAUGCCCUGCGCGAGACAGCCGCCCCCGCGCGGGAAUCUGCCUCCCGGCAGGCCUCCUCCUCGCGCUCCUCCACGCCCAUCCGGCCUGCACCCCGCGCGCGCUCUUCAUCGGCCUACAGCUCCCGUACGCAGCAAGACGACGAUGACGCGCUAUUGAACAAGAAGCGCGCCGACUCGGUCAAGAAGAUGGUGGAUAGCUGGGACCUCUUGCGGGAGAAGUACGGCUCGGUGGGAUUGAAUGAGGAUGACGAGAUUGACAUCAAGACGGGGGAGAUCAUGAAGAACAGGGGGAGGAUAAAAGCGAUGGUGCCAAGGAAGGGAAUAGGCGAGGAGAGUGACGAGGAGGAUGCAGAGACGCAGACUGUGGCGUCGGAGGUGGAGGACGAGGUGUUGUCGGAUGAGGACGUGCUGGCCGGAUUGGGAGACGUGGAUUGCCAGACGAGGGAGCAGGCGCCGACGAGGGUGUGGACAGAUCAGGAUAGGGAGGAUCUGGCGGCCUUUCUGAGGGAUGAAGCGGAGCUGAGGGAGUUGGGCGAUAAUGGGGACGAUGGGGAUGUGGAAGAGCUUGACAGCUCGGAUGAAGAAGGCGAUGGCGCCAGCCAAGCGUCCGGAUCAUCACCCAUACGAUCAUCGUCUCCAAAUACUUCGGGGAAUGGGGACUCCGCAGUCAAUGGAGACGACUUGGAUGGGUCGGAUUCAGAGGACGAGCUACUAUCCUUCGACCCGGAUGCAGUCAAGGUCACACCCGUGAGACCGCACCACCUAUCUCCUGAAGUCGUCAUUCCUAUCCGCACCCCAAAGCGUACGGUACCUCCAUCGGUCUCUUUGCCCCGGCAGUCCGCCGCGCCCAACGCGGAGGCAGGACCCAGCCGACUACCACAUGCUCGUCGGUCGACCUCCCAGACUUUGCGAGACCUCUUUACUCCACCUCCAGAGUCCUCCCCUCCCACCCUCGACGACCUCUUCGCGGAGCCAUCGUCGUCGUCGUCUGAUGCCCCACCCGCGAGCUCCCCCAAACGACCUACCCGCCUCAUCCUACACGCACCUGCUUGGCCCGCCACCACACCCAGAUCACAGCUCAUCCCUGUCAGUCAGCGCUCGUCCGAAAGUCGAUUCGCGGAAGAACCGUCCUACAUCCCUCCCGAGCAACUCGAAGUCCCAUCGGAUACCACGCGGUACUUUCCCAAACUGCAUCGGUCGACCUCUACAACUUUCCGCUUCUGCCAGACUUGCCGGGCCUCUACCGAUGCUCUCCGCAAACAACGGUCGUACUACUGUAAAGGGCGUAUCGCGGCGUAUAAGUGCGUCUUUGCGCAGGAAUUGGGAGAGGAGAUUGUGCGGACGUAUACGUCAGUGUACGUUCUUGCCAGGCGGCGGGGAAUGACGAUUGAGGAGGUACUGGCCGAGGAGAAAGCGCUCGGAUCGGGUCGCCCAGAUAGAAGGGGCAGGUCAGUUUCGGCAGUGGGAGCCACGCCGUCGCCUGCUAGGCAGGACUUCGUCGAGCAGCAGAACGAACCGACGCCGGAAGAGCUGUCGGAUGCAGAGUCGGAGGCGGCGUGGCUGGAAGCCUUGCCCCGGGCCUACCAAGGGCUGGCGGUCGCUGAGGCGGAAGAGCCUGUGCCCGCUGCCGUUGUCGCCAAUUCCCCAUCGGCCCUUCCUACCAGUAAAGCGAUACCCUCUCCUCCAGCGCCGGAGGUCCCGCUCUCGGUCAAGAAGAUUGCAAGGAGGCGGAUCAUCACCCCGGUAUCGGUUUCGCCUCCCCCGGACGUCUUCUCCCAGGCGCCUGAUGCUUUGGUCGCUUCUCUGACCUCAUCCCCUCCGCUAUCUUCGCCGCCAGGUAGCCCUCCUCCGACCCAGAAGCAGCCCUUCAUCUACCAGCCCACCCCGUCACCCACCGUAUCCGUCGAGCCGGAACGGAUCGACCAGUCGGCUCGCAAGACGCUCUGGCCUCCCACUUCGCCUGCCGCCCGGCGUAUCCUCCCUCUCCCUCGCGGAUCGCACUAUGCGCUCCAACCCACUCCGCCACCCUCUGCGGAUGGGCGCAAUUCGUCCGUCUCGAGCGAUGCCGCCCUUUUCACUCGUCCCCGCCCAAUCCUGCGCGGAACCCCCAGCAGCAUCGGUUCCGCUUCUACCACAAAGAGUCAGAAGCGCGCCCGAUUCUCACUCCAGCCGAGCAGCCCGGGGGUGGACCUAUCCGACCUGUUUGGGCAGUCCGAUACCGAGAGCCUGGACACGGGAUACGAGUCGGUCUCGCCUUGGCAGCUGCCAGCAGCGGGGCGGAUCAACUCAUCCAGUCCGUCCUUCUCCACAGAACUGAGUGUGCGGGCGGCGGAUGCUGGGUUCCACUUGGGACCGGGUCAUACGGGUCGGAUCACGCAGGGGAUGAUGCAGGCGCUUUAUCCGGAUUACGGCGGUGCGUCCUCUUCUGGGACGUCUCCGGAACCUGCGGAGAUGGCUACGCCGGGGAAAGUGUACACUCUGCUUGCGCCACCCCGGGCGUCCACGCCUUCGCGCCCCGCCCCGAGCCCCAGCAAAAGCGGCAGCACCGCCGGGUUGAUGCUUCCCCCGCCCGUCCCCCCUCGGCGACUCAGCAGCGUCAGCUCCACCCCUGGUCCUUCUACACCCAGCUCCAGCUCUGAUGCUGCCCCUCCCAUCGAAGUAUCGCGCACUCCCAAAACACCUCGGCGGAGCAAACCCCCACUUGGGAUCAAGGAGGAACCCGACUUCAAACCCAUCAUUUUCCGGACGGCCUUACCUCCCUCUCUCGUCCUUGCUCAAUCUCGCGCCAGGAGUCGGUCCGUAUCCGCCGCGGCGUACUCUCAGCGCUCUACAUCCAGCGCCACCCCGGAGAGGUCGGAUAGCUGGGCAGGGGGAAGCGGAAGCGGGAUGACGAGGAAGGUGGUGGUUCCCGCUACGACGCCGAGGAAGAGGCGGAGAGAUAGGUCAGAGAGGGAGUUGGCGAGGCUGGCGAGGCUGGCGAGGGAGCUAGGGGAUGAGGCGGGGUUGGAGUGGGGAAUGGACGAAGAUGUGGGAGAGGAGAUUGCGAGGGAGGGGAGGGAGGGAACGGUCUUUAUGUAUCUAGAGUAA